GGUUUGAUUGGCUCCCUCCAUAGUGCGGUUCGGUUGACGCAUCACCGCUCAGCCUGUGGUUAUACUGGCAAGCAGCGACGGUUAUUUUUUAUUUACAUGAACAGAAAAUCAUAAACGCAGCUUCUUGCGAAAACGUUGACCGAAAAACGCACUCAAGCGCAGGCUGAACAUGGAGUCGUAUGAUAUUAUAGCAAACCAGCCGGUCGUGAUUGAUAAUGGGUCUGGAGUUAUUAAGGCUGGCUUUGCUGGAGAUCAGAUCCCUAAAUACUGUUUCCCAAAUUAUGUGGGGCGACCCAAGCAUGUUCGGGUGAUGGCUGGUGCCCUUGAGGGCGAUCUCUUCAUUGGACCCAAAGCUGAGGAGCACAGGGGGCUGCUGUCUGUCCGCUAUCCUAUGGAACACGGUAUUGUGAAGGACUGGAAUGACAUGGAGCGCAUCUGGCAGUACGUGUACUCAAAGGAACAGCUGCAGACCUUCUCAGAGGAGCAUCCUGUACUGUUGACCGAAGCACCGCUGAACCCCUGUAAAAACCGUGAACGGGCCGCAGAGGUGUUCUUUGAGACCUUCAACGUGCCGGCCCUGUUCAUCUCCAUGCAGGCCGUGCUCAGUUUAUACGCCACAGGCCGAACCACAGGUGUGGUCCUGGACGCUGGUGAUGGUGUGACACACGCUGUCCCCAUAUAUGAGGGAUUCGCAAUUCCACAUUCCAUCAUGCGCGUAGACAUCGCCGGACGUGACGUCUCCCAAUACCUCCGCCUCCUCCUGCGCAAGGAAGGCUACGAUUUCCACACUUCUGCGGAGUUUGAGGUUGUGCGCACCAUCAAGGAGAGAGCCUGCUACCUUUCCCUCAACCCCCAGAAGGAUGAAACUCUAGAAACUGAAAAAGCACAAUACACACUCCCUGACGGAAGCACUCUAGAUAUCGGUCCAGCACGGUUCAGGGCUCCAGAGCUUCUCUUCAGGCCUGAUCUGAUUGGAGACGAGAGCGAGGGUAUUCAUGAGGUGCUGGCCUUCGCCAUUCAGAAGUCAGACAUGGAUCUGCGAUGCACGCUCUUCUCUAACAUAGUGCUGUCUGGCGGCUCAACGCUCCUCAAAGGUUUUGGAGACCGGUUGUUAAGCGAAGUGAAGAAACUUGCACCCAAAGACGUUAAAAUUAAGAUAUCUGCACCACAGGAGAGACUUUAUUCAACAUGGAUAGGGGGAUCUAUCCUGGCUUCACUCGACACCUUUAAGAAGAUGUGGGUCUCCAAGAAGGAAUACGAGGAAGAUCGCGCCCGUGCCAUCCACCGGAAAACAUUUUAAUGGGGUUUAAGGCCACCGGCCUCUCUCAUCUCUGCGCUUUCACAUCCCUCUCCUCUCUCGCUUGGCCUCCCUCUGUUACCCUCCCUCCCUCCCCA